AUGGACCUUCCAAUAUACUACACGCGCGCAGAGUAUAUUGAGACGGACACCGGGAACAAAGUCUCCCGUAGGGCGACCAUCUCGGGUCCCCAGAACAUCAUCCUCGGCGGAAAGACCGUCAUUGCGAGCGGCGCUAUCAUUCGGGGAGACCUGCGACGGACAGGACCUGGACAUGCGGUCGUGAUAUCCCUAGGGCGGUAUUGUCUUGUCGGCGAGGGGUGCGUUAUGAGGCCGCCGUACAAGACAUAUCGGGGAAACUUCAACUACUACCCUAUGAAGAUUGGUGACCAUGUACACAUUGGCGCGAAUUCCAUCGUGGAGGCGGCGACCAUUGGGAACCAUGUCGAGAUCGGAAAGAAUUGCAUCAUAGGAAAGUUCACGAUCAUCAAGGACUGCGCUAAAAUCGCGGACAACACGGUUAUUCCACCAAAUACUGUUGUACCUGCGCUUGCGCUGUUCGCGGGGUCACCAGGUAGAUUCGUCGAAGACCUACCGGAGUCGACUCCCGAAAUUGUCGAAGCACAAACUAAGCAGUACUACACCCGCUUUCAGCCGCUGCCCGCAGAGCGGUAG